AUGGUGGUUUUGAGAAACAGCAAAGUAACGACGGAACCGCCAAAGACGACGGAAACGGCGGAACCGUCGAACUCCACAGAAAUGGCGGAACCGACGAAGUCAACAGAAGCGGCGGAAUCGCCGAAGCCGACUGAGGCGACAGAACCGUCGAAGGCGACCGAAGCGGUGGAACCAUCAAGGCCGAAAGAAACGGAGGCGGAACUGUCGAAGCCAACAGAAGCGGCGAUUUCAACCAAUGAAUCUCCGCCGAUAGAAGAAACGGAGGUGACAGGAGAAGCGGAAACCGAGGAAGCAAAUCCCAAUGCAGAAGAAGCCCAAACUGAGGAGAAGAUGAACUCAGAAGAAGAUGAAUCGGAAAAAGAAGAUGAAUUGGAAGAAGAAGAAGAGCACGAAGAAGAAAAAGAAGAAGAGGACAAGGAUUUGUCUGGUGACCAACUAGAGAACAAGGAUGAGGAGUAUAAUGAUGAUAAUGAUGAUAAUGAUGACAAUGAUGGCGAGGAAAAUCGACAAUCUCCACAACAGCAGGAGCAGGAAGAAAUUCCUCAACCGGAUCAAACCCCACCGGAAGAACCACUUCAACCGGAACAAACAGAAGACGCUGAAGCAAUGCCUUCAGAUGCACAUGUCUCUUCUUUUGCACCGGUCAUGGUUGAUGAUGAAUAUAUACCACUGCCACCAGAGAAGUUUUACUUUCGUCCAGAUCAGUAUAGAAAGAGUUGUAGGAUAUCAUCGAGGUGUUAUGUGAAUGAUACGGUCAAGGACAUCAAGAAAUUCCUCAGGCGUUGGAAUGGUUUUCUAGUCAUCCUCAGUUUAAGCAUAUCUUUCAUAUGCCUCUGGUACUCCAUUAAGGAGCAUGCGCUGCUGAGUGGAUUGGAUUGUCAUGACUACCCUAGCAACUAUGGGGAGCUGAAGGACAAGGAAGCCGGCGAUUUCAAGUUUGUUGAAAAGUGGUUCAAGAGAAGGACCAAUAUUACCAUAGCAGAUGUGAAGAAGAAGCUAGGGAAAGUGAAGAGCGCUGUUAACAAGAAGAAGAUGGCUGCGCUAUAUUUCUUAACCAAUGUCUUGAAAGCGAAGUCCAAAUACAAAGGAAACAUAGAGCCAUUCUUUCUCAAAGUCGUGGAUGAUUUGGACUUGUGUGAAAAAUUUCCUUGGGGCCGUUUGACCUUUGAUGAUUUGGUAGAUGAAGUUAAGAAAGUAGCGAAGAAGUUCAAGGGAGGCGUCGUCAACGAGAAGGAUUCAUGGACCUUUUCUGGAUACAUUCUUCCUAUUGAGGCUUUUGCGUUUGAGUGCAUUCCUGCGCUUGCUCAAACCUUUCGAGAACCUGUUCAUGCAGAGAGCGACUGUCCAAGGUUGUGCAAGCACAAUUUCAAAGCAACUUACAUGAAAGGUUAUCCACUGUCCGAGAUAAACGAAGCAAUUGGCAGCAAUAGGGAUAUCAUAAGCAUCUUGGAACCAACCUCAGAGGAGGAAACCCUUAUGGAGCGCAUCAUAGACCCUAGUUGUGAUGAUGGGAUUGGCUCCGUGGAUCAUUUAGUCGACCUUUGGAGAGACAUUCUAAUCGUCCAGAAGAAGAAGAUAUGGUGGGAGUCUCUGUACAAGAUUGACUUGGCCGGCAGAGGUAUCACCGAGUUUGCAAAUGAAGUACCAAUGCAGGCACCUGACAACGGUGGAUCAGUUCAGGGAAUGAUGGAAACGUUGAAAGCUUUGAUCGAGGAAGCAACAAAGAAGUUGGAGGAUAAGAUGGAUGAUGUUACCUCAGAGAUUAAGGCAAUGGUUGGGGACUUAGAUGAGAGACUUGAUAUGGUUGAAUGUUAUGUGAAUGAGCAAAGAACCAAGAAGGCUCAUGAUAGAAGCGGAGCAAGUAGUUUUCCUCUAGGUUCUGCUUUUCGGACUCCGGCCGAGAAGAUUGUAGCAGGGGAUAUAAGUGAGGCGGAGGAGGAGGCGGAGGAGGAGGAGAGGAGGAGGAGGAGGAGGAGGAGAAGGAGGCGGAGGAGGAGAGGAGGAGGAGGAGGCGGAGGAGGAGGAGGAGCAAGUAGCAGAACCGCCAAAGAAGAGAAGAAAAGAAACUCCAGCAGAGAAAGAGAAGAGGACAAUCAAACCUUCAGCUAUUCUCUCAUCUCCAUAUGUGGCUGGUCAGGCAAAUAG